UUUCUCAUAGGAUGCAUGUUUUUUUUUAUAGCUUACCUUUACAUGUUUUAGCCUAUCGUAAAAAGAAAAGUAGAUUUUUGGCCUACAAUUUAAAUACUUUACUUAUAUAGGCCUACAUCAUUUUUGGCAACUACCAUUGCAAGCAGAAGUUAUUAUUGACAAAGUCUAAAUCAGUUAAAUGUAAUACACCUCAACCUAUGAAUUAUCAUUCAAUAUAAGUUAUUUUGAGAGUAAUGAAUAUCAAAAACUACAACCCCCAGUGCACAAUUCUGCUACAGCCUACUGGACGAUCAGAGUGUAUUACCGAAUUUCUUGCAGGAACAUGCUGCAAGCUAUUUUAGCCCAUAGCCUAUGGUAGAACAGUGUUGUCCAUUGCUUUAACGUAUUAUUGUCAGGUAUUAAGAUUACAUUUCCCGUCUUUUGCGUUUUUAAGGUAAAAAGUAGAGUAGAACUCAAUUGAAAUGUGUAGGUUUUUGGUUGACCAACAAUUUAAUCUAUUUGUUACCAUUUAAGCUACUUGUCACCCAAGCUUCUGAUCAGAAACAGCAUCAAGCUAAUUUAGCAGUUUAAACGGUGUCAAAUAGUUAAUUUUAAUACAUGUAUAUGUUCAAUGGAUGAUGAGAACGCAUUGAAAUAUUUAAUCAAGCUUACCCAGAAUGGCGAAUUGUGCACACUUAAAAAAGAACUUGGUGGCAACAUUGUUGCACAUUAUGUACAAAAAACAUUUCGGGAAAUCGGGUGAUACAUUGUUGCAUUAUGCCGCCCGUCAUGGCCACUUGGACAUUGUGCAAUUUUUUGUAAAAGAGAUUGGGAUGGACAUAGAGCUUUACAAUACCGACUACAAAAGAGCUCUGCAUGAAGCUGCAUCCAUGGGACAGCGGGAGUGUUUGAGCUAUCUGCUCACUGAAGGAGCCAAAGUAGACUGCUUAAAAAAAGCUGAUUGGACCCCUCUGAUGAUGGCCUGCACCCGGAGGAACCUGGGUGUGAUCCAGGAACUGCUGUCCCACAAGGCCGAUCCCACGCUGAAGAACAAGGACGGCUGGAACUCCUUCCACAUCGCCUGCAGGGAGGGAGACCCAGCAGUCAUACAGCACCUCCUACUGGCCAACCCGGAAGUCUGGAGUACAGAGAGCAAGACGCUGAGGACUCCUCUGCACACUGCAGCGAUGCAUGGCUGUGAAGAAGUGGUCAGCAUCUUGGUACAGAGGUGUGGUUAUGUUCCGGAUGGCAGGGACAGCUGUGGGGUCACUCCCUUUAUGGACGCAGUGAGGAACGGACACAUAUCUGUGGCCAAGCUACUGCUGGAGAAGCACCAGGCCUCUCCGACUGCAGCAGACAUCCUCGGGGCCCAGCCGGUGCACCAGGUUGCAGUCACAGCCCAGGAGGAGGCGCUAGAGUUCCUAGUGAGGGAUCUCGGAGUGGACGUGAACCAGACAGCCACUGACAUGCAGCUCACUUCCCUGCACUACGCUGCCAAGGAGGGCCACACCAACACAAUCAAAACACUCCUCACAUUAGGAGCAGACCUUCACGUCAGGGACAAAAAGGGAAGAACAGCUCUUCAUAUGGCGUGUAUAGGGCAGCAUGCAGAAGCGGUCAGGACACUCCUACAGCUGGGGCUAGUAGAUGUGGUGGAUGCCUCGGGCACCACUGCUCAACAGCUUGCCAAAAAAAACGAUGUGCUCAGAGUGUUUGAAUGUGAUUUGACAUAAACUACUGUCUAAAUGGAGAAUCAAUAAACUAUGGACAUUAAUGGUAUUCUGAAUGGCAGACUAAUAACUUCA